AAGAUGGAAAAGAAGCCCAACAAGAAAGAAGAACUGAACAUAGUGAACAAUGUUCUGAAGCUCGCAACUAAACUCAUGAAAGAGUUGGACAUCCCCUUCCGGCUGCUGGGUCUGACGGUGAACCCCCUGGUGUACAACAUCACCCGGGUGGUCAUCCUGUCAGCCCUGUCCGCCGUGGUCAGCGACCUGCUGGGCUUCAAUAUCAGGCUGUGGAAGAUCAAGCCUUGAUGGGAACGUGCCAAACCAAACCACUGAGUGUUGGACACUGGAAAACUGGACCAGCCCCUGAUGCCUGUCCAGACGGGGCCAGCCGACCUUUGACCUUUUGGCCUGUCUGUUCUGAGAGUGUGCGUACCUACUGACCCUCCACCCUUGCUUCUCCGUAGCUUCCCUGGCCCCUCGGAGCACCAGAUCUCCCUGGACCACCGCUCGCUUCGGCCCCUCUGUGACAAAUCCCUUCUCCCUGUCCCUGGAUGCUGCUAGCUCUCCCUGGACACUCUGUUAGCUGUCCCUGAUGGAUGUCCUGGACAACGCUGGCUGUCCCUGUUAUCUCUUGUUGGGAUGGAUGCUACUCGGGUUGCCAUGACUACCGUACCUCGGUGUCCCCUUCGUCCCUAGCAUGUCACAGCAGCCGCUGGCUGGCCAGACCAGCGCCAAGACGCCUGAACAUCACUCUUACCAGUCUUCCUUCUCUGGCUUCUCGUCUGUCAAACUAGUUGCCAAUGGGUGCCUUUCCCCAAAAAAUGGGUUGUGUGAUUGUUUGGUUAAGACAAAUGAAUGUGUUCUAGAUCCAAAAUAGGCGGUGGUGGUGGAAUUCUGCAGUGGCAUAUUACC